UAACCAAAGUUGGUAGAAAUGGACGUCAAGAGCAUAGUGUUUUUCUUUUCUGUAAAAUGAAUUGCAUUAUUCGAAUACACCGGUUUGGCGCGAAUAAGAUUGUAACCCUAUUUGACGUAUUUUCACUUGCGUCCACAUAUAAUUGCAGCAAGUGUCCAUUAUAUUGGACACCUAUUUUUUAAGCAAAUGAGGAAUAUGACAUUUACAGAAAUGGAGCCAUUAAAAAUACACUUAGAUUCUUUAGAAAUGGCUGGGAAAAUGGUAGAUAAACACAUAAUUGCUGAUAGUAAUUUUCCAUCUUUAACCAAUCUUAUGCGAUACAGUGUACAAGGUGGACCAACUGUUAGUGGUCUUGAUGAUCAUGACUAUCCUAAUAUAAAUGGUGCAUCAAUGAGUUUAACAAAUAUUAAUCAAAUGAAGAUACAUAGCAAAAUUCCACUGCCUUCUGAAGUGAUGGAACAUUUUGGUCAUAUGCAAUGUCACUGUAUGAUGGGCCUUUUUACAGAAAUUUCCAAAGCUUGGCUUACUAUUGACAGUGAUAUUUACUUAUGGUCUUAUGAAAAUGAAUCAGAUGUUGCAUACUUUGAUGGGUUGAAUGAGACCAUUAUAAGUGUAGGCUUAGUAAAACCCAAGGCAGGAAUUUUCCAGAGUUAUGUUAAAUAUUUAUUAAUUCUCACAACAACAGUAGAGAUAACUAUCCUUGGUGUUACAAUACCUGAUGAUACUAAAGAAGUACAAUUAGUCCCAGAACCAAUUUUUACCGUUACUACUGACGGAAUAGGAAUUACUACAAUUGCUAAUACUAGUAGUGGCCGCAUCUUUCUUGGUGGUAGAAACGGAUCGUUAUUCGAAAUAUAUUAUCAGGCAGAGAGCAGUUGGUUCGGCAAACGGUGUAAAAAGAUCAAUCAUUCGGAAGGUCCAUUGUCGUUUCUAGUACCGUCGUUUGUUUCUAUGGCAUUGUCGGAGGAAGAAGCUAUAAUACAGAUAUCUGUGGACGACUCACGUAAUAUUUUAUACACUUUGGGUGAUAGAGGUACAAUCACAGUUUGGGAUAUCGAUAAUGGCGGCGCAUCUAGGAUUACAUCAUUGUCUCAAGCUUCUUUGGUGCAAAAUACUGUCCAUGUUGUUAAAACUCUGGAUAGUAACAAUUUUCGACCCCUUGUGAGCAUAUCAGCCAUAACAGAAUCUGAAUCAGUGCAUUUAAAUUUGGUUGUAGUCGCAGCAACGGGAACUCGUUUUUACUUCAGCUGUACUUCAGUUACGAACCCUACGAGUAGACCGCAAGGUCUGCAAUUGAUACAUGUUAGAUUACCACCAGGUUACGCUGCAAAUGCUCCUGUAAUGAGACCACGGAAAGUGCAGAUGGCAUAUUAUAGAAAAGGUACUCUUAUUCUUGUUUGUGGCGGUGACACUGAAAGUGCAUGGUGUUUAAGCAACGAUGCCUAUCCAUUUACAAAUUAUUUAGCCGAGACUCAGAGUAUCCUAUCUCUCGAUAGUCCAGCUUGGGCUAUGGAAGAGAUCAUAGGAGAUUCAGCUAUACACAUUGAGAAGCAAAAUAGUCCUCAGGGUGAACCUCCUCUGCUAGUACGGCAACAUAUGGAACCGCCGAGAAAAUUCAUAUUUUUGACAGCACAAGGCGCAAUAAUUUUAAUGCAAAUACGUCCUGUGGAUAUCUUGCGUCAACUACUUUUGGAACAACGCGGACCUGACACUGAAUCAGUGCGUGCGUAUUUUCAAACGCAAUCUCUAGAACAAGCGUGUGCCACGUGCCUUAUUUUAGCGACGCUUGCGAGUUCUCAGAACGCCCAGUUAUCCGAAUGGGCUACUCGUGCAUUCUUUUUAUAUGGCGGCCAAAGAACAGCAGGAAUAGGUCUCCCCAUUGACAUGCAUAGUGGUUUUUCUAGUAUAAAUCCAGAUUUACGUACAUCCACACCCAGAGUGCCAACUUUUGACUCUAGAACUCAACCCUUCCGAUCACACGCUCAAAUGGGACUUACCACCGAUAUCGCUUUACAACACUUCUCUGCAAAACACAGCGGGUUAUACUUAUACGUAGGAAGGAUACUUCGUCCAAUAUGGAACAUAAGAUGUAUAAAACAAGAAAUAGUAAAUAAUAAAAGUCAGAUAUCCAGUACAGUACCAGCGUCACAAAUAGCUUGGAUUUUAGGACAUUUGCAAGCAUUGAGAUCUUUCUUGAAUAAAAAUACGCAUAUCACAAAACAGCAAAACGCAACCAGAAGUAUAACCACUGGCUUUGAAACAACCAUUACAAGUCAUUUUCAAGAGCCUAUCGUAGAAGAAAGGAAUUCAUUAGAUGCUCUAAAAGUUUUUAUCACACAUGCCUGCGAAGUAUUAGGUUUAUGGAAGAUAUUAUGUGAGAAUCAAUUAAGCAAUAUUGUGAACUGUUUAACGAAGGAUCAGAUCACUCAGUUUUCAACAGCUACCUUUAGAGACUUGAUUUUGAUAGGCCAUGAGAUAUCUUCUCUACUUAUCGUUCAUUUAAUCGAUAGCUAUCUUGGAGAUAAUGCAUCGGUGGAUUCCGUAAGCGCGAAAUUGAGGGAGGUAUGCCCGAAUUUAUAUAGAUCCGAAGAUGCUGUUUGUUCUAAGGCGAAUGAAAUUAUUCUGAAAGCAAAAAGUUGCACAAAUCCUGAAGAGAAAGAACUGCAUCUGCAAUCUGCUUUAAAGCUCUGCAAGGAGGUAGCGCCCAGGUUGAAUUUGGCCGCGGUGUGUCAGCAGUUUGUGGCGUGCCAAUUCUAUAUGGGAGUACUCGAAUUAUGUAUCUGUUGUGCAGAAAGAAUAGAUCCCAACAAUGCCGCCUCACAUUAUUACAAGAAUAACGAGCCUUUGGAGGAUCAAGAGGGAAAUAUAGCCUUUAUGAAACGUUUAGAAAUUUAUAAGGAAUUCAUUGCAAUGUUGGAUCACUUGUAUCAACAAAGUCUUUCUAGUCCUUUAACUCCGACCAUACCGAGCAAACCCGGACCUCCCUUGCUAACUACUUCUAUUACCGCUAUAACACCGGCGAAAGAAAUAUUACAUGAGAUCAUAGGCGACGCACUGCAGGCUCUAUGUGAGACACUGCAUUCUUCCAUUUAUACUUGGAUGAUAGAGAAAGGACUCCAUGGUGAACUGGUCGCGCUUGCUGCACCGUCGUUAGAGACAUAUCUCAAUCGCGUCAAUGCGCCCGAGUUACUAUGGCAGUUUUAUGAGAGAAACAAGAACCAUGCAGCUGCGGCGAAAAUCUUGGAUUCUUUAGCCAGCAAAGUCGGGUCAGAUAUAUCAUUACCAGAAAGAGUAGAGUAUUUAGCACGAGCGGUUGCAUGCAUGCGAAGUCAUCAAACUGGAUAUGCUCCUUACCUUGGAAUCUUCUUACGCGAAUUAGAAGAUAAAUUAGAAAUAGCUCGAAUGCAACAAAAGAUACUUGAUAUUAUCAAUAAUAUAACAAACAAUCAGCAAAGUUUGCACGAUUCCAUGACAGUGAAAGAUGCAAAGUUGAGAUUGAAUUCUUCACUGCUUGAUAUCACACAGUUAUACGAAGAAUAUGCAGAGCCCUUACAGCUUUGGGAAUGCAAAUUGGCUAUAAUUCAUUGCUCAGGUCAUCAAGAUGAUAUGUUAAUCAAAGGGAUUUGGACGAAUAUAAUUGAUAAUGAAAUUUUGUUUGUAGAAUUAGAAAAUGCGACAGCUCCCUCCAACGAAGAUAAAAUGACCAUUUUAAUGAGUAAAAUUAAAUUACUUGGUCAAGAAUAUGUUGGAUCACCGCACUGUUUCCCAAUUGACUUUUUAGUAAAACAAUUGGAAAUAAAAGCAUGUAAAUAUAAAGUAUCUAAUACUGGCAUUAUAACUGGAUUUUUAGAAUUGGGAAUAGCUAUGGAAGAUCUUCUAGAUAUUUAUGACAAAAUGAUCGGCAAAAAUACACGUACUUGGUUAAAUGAAGGUAAUGAAUUUCAUCUGAUUGAAUCAACAGCAAACUUAGUGCAUUAUUUUAUAUCACAUUCAAAUGUUACAAACAGCUUUAUCAGGAGAAAAAUAAUUACAAAAUGCCAAGAUGUUAUUUCGAAGUGCUUAACAACACUCUUCAGCAAACCUAAUGGUUGUGAUCUUGCCAGAGAAAUAGCAAAUCUACGAUCAAUCCAAAGUACAUUGAAUCGCAUGUGAGACAACUUUACCUGAGCUAAGCUAUUAAAAUUGGACAUACAUUAUAUAUAUAUAUAUAUAAGAUAUAGAAUGUUAAAAUGACUUUUCAAGUCGUUUAAUAUGAGCCAUGGUGGCAUCAUUAAUCAAAUAAAUUAAUCAUUUUCUUAUAAAUAUUUACCAAGUAAUUUGUCGUCUCAUUUUUACAAAAUUGCAAGUUAAUACUGUAUCAAGUGAUAACACUAAAUUAAAUAUAUGUAAUGUAUAUAUAUUUGAAAUUA